UACGAAUUCCUCAGUUUCUGUGGUAACAUUUUAAUGAUGGCCUCCUUCAAAACCAGAAACUGGACCCGCACCUGUCUGUUUCAGCUAUUCCAGACUGGUGAUUCCUCAAACAAAGAUGAAGCUGCAGCCAAUGGAUGCUGUAACGAGUUUGAUGCUUGCUUGAUUAUUGUUAACCGAAGGUCUUGUAACCCUGCAAUUAUGAGGAGCUUCUGUAUUUUAGUCGUCACGUUCUGCUUGGCUGGAAUCGCUCUGGCUUUGACAGAAUGCGAAGAACACCGUCAGCGAGAACAGCAAUCUAACACCAAAGUCAAGCUGGUGCCCGAAUGUGAUGAGAAUGGAGACUACAAACCUUUGCAGUGUUUCCAGGGUUCCCCCUUCUGCAUGUGCUGGAGGAAGGAUGGAAGUCACAUCACGGAGCCAUCACGUAAACUCAAAUCAUGUGGAUGCAUCGUCCACCGUGACGAAGCAGUCUCCAGGCAUCUAAUCGGCAACUACCAUCCCCAAUGUGAAGAAGAUGGCACAUACAGUCGCACGCAAUGUCACGGUAGCGUUGGAUACUGCUGGUGUGUGGAUGAGCACGGAAACAAAGUAAACAAGAGUCUCAAUGAUUGUUGAGAAGUAACACUAAAGCUGCAAUAAAACAUUUUUUUU